AAUGCCAUAAAAGAUUAAAGAUUUCUGCAGCUGUUUACCUCCCCUUCUCUCUCUCUCUUUUUUGUGAAUUAUUCAGUAUAGUAUAUAUACUAUGACUGUUAAACCUCCAUUCCUUUGCCACACCUAAUCUUUGGCCCCCACAACCAGAGUUACACGCUUUCGCUGGCUGGCUACGUUCAAUGAUAGGUGGGUGGCAUGAAGCAUCUGAAUGAGCGGUACCUUUACCUUUCGAAAAAAGAUGAUCCUCGUUUAAUGUUGAAUUGCUAGCAUCUGGGUUUGUUAUAGAAGACUAAUUUUUAUGGUGUCGAGAAAUGGAUGGUUCAACACCAAAUCUUAUCAAUUUUUCAAUGAAAGGUGGGCGGCACAAAGCAUCCUAGUGGCAGUGCUGAGGGAUUGAGUCGCAAUGGAAAUAAUUGUGGGUCUCUCAGCAGAUUUAGGGAUGCAAUGUCUGGCAAGGGUUCCAUACAGAUUCCACGCCAAUCUUAGGGUCGUCUCCAAGACCUGGAAUGCUCUACUCAGCUGCCAUGGCGAGUGCGAGGAGGGAGUAGUUUCUUUUGACAAAUCCCAAGAAACUGAAAGUGAAUUCGAUGUAAUUAUUUACUACCCGCGUGGAAACUGGUGGGAAAGGCUGCCUCAAGUCCCAACAGAAUUUGAACUAGAAUACACAAUCUAUCAUCGUUGCGUGUUUGUUAGAUUGACACAAGAGCUGGUUGUGAUUGGGCUUAAGAGCAGCAGCCGCAUUGACACGGAAGCUGUGUUGAUAUUUGAUUUUUUAUCCCGCAGAUGGCGGCUGGGUGCCAACAUGGCAUGCAUCCUAACUUGGUUUGCAUGCGCCGCUUCACCAUCUAAAGGACUGGUUUAUGUUGACCGCGGCUACCCUUUCCUAGAAGAAGCUUUUGUUUACAAUGUAGAGGAAAACAAGUGGGACUUUCUUCCUCCUUUGGACAAUAGUCCGUUGUGUGCUAUCUCAGUUGGUGUUUUUCUUGAUGGCAAGUUUUAUGUAGCCUCCUAUGAAAGCUAUUUUGCGGAAGUUUAUGAUCCUCACUCUCGAUUAUGGAAAGACAUAAAUAUCGACUGUAACGCAGACUAUAUUCACUGUUGCGUAGCUGCUGUUCACAAGCGUUCGUGGUUAACCUGGAGUGAUUUUGCAAGAGGGUGGAUAGACGUCAGUUGGAAAAUGGAUACUGGCAGCAACUCACAAAGUAGAGCUGAGCGAUUUGCUGUUGCUAGGAGGCGUGGUGAUUUUCUUGCAAGUGUUGUUCACAGCACCAAUCGUGUUGAGUAUUAUACUUUUAAUCCCCGGGCGAGGGAAGAGAGAGACAGAUGGCGUCGCCUCGGUUGUCAUGACCAUGAAGUUAGCUCAGAGAGAGUUUGAAAAGUUCUUGCAAGAUGGUUCUACCAGAAUAUUCACAUGGGAGAUAUCACAUGGGUUCUCUUGGACCAAGAGUACCAAGGAGAGAUCACUAUUCGAGGUUGGGUUGGAGAAUUUCAUGAGAGAUUUAUAGGCACAGAGAAGCGGAAAUAGCUAGGUUCAAUUGUGAAACAUACCAGUGGCAGUCCUAGUCGUGCAUUCUUAUGUGGACCCUAUCCUAUGGGGCAGAGAGCUGAUGUGGAGUGAUGGACCACAAGGGUUGACCGUGUGGGUGGAUAUUGUUGGAGACUCAAGCUCUUUGAUUAGGGAGAUAAUUUUUGGUUAAGAAUUUCAUGGUUGUUGCAUAAACUUCCUCUUUGUAUAUUUCACAGAUAAUGGCAUAUAUGUUUUUGUAAUUUUGACCAUGGAAAAAGCUACAGAAUAUGAUCUAAGUGUGGGUUCUAGGGGUAAAGGUUAUUAUUAGGUGGUACUAUCUACCUUCAUUUUGUCUCAUGUUGGCUAUGCA